UAUUUCUUUUUGAAGGUGGAAAACUUGCUUAUUAGUAACCAAGGGACGAUUAAACUUUGUGACUUCGGUAGUGCUACAACUAUAGCUUACUAUCCUGACUACAACUGGUCUGCACAAAAGAGAGCACUGGUUGAGGAAGAGAUCACAAGGAAUACAACACCGAUGUAUAGGACACCAGAAAUGAUAGACUUGUAUUCAAAUUUUCCAAUUGGUGAAAAACAGGACAUUUGGGCUCUUGGCUGUAUCCUGUACUUGCUGUGCUUUAGGCAACAUCCAUUUGAAGAUGGAGCUAAACUUCGCAUAGUCAAUGGGAAAUACGUUAUCCCACAAAAUGACACCCGCUAUUCUGUGUUUAAUGAUCUCAUUCGCUCCACUCUGAAGGUGAACCCAGAGGAGAGAUUGUCAAUCACUGAACUUGUAAAUCAACUGCAGGAGAUUGCAGCAGCUAGGAAUGUGAAUCCCAAAUCCCCCAUCACAGAGCUCCUGGAACAAAAUGGAGGCUAUGGAAACAAUGCUCAGCCUCGGGCAUCUGUGACCUCUGUUGCACAGAGCUCUAAGCCUGCAGGACAGCUCAACAAUAUGUAUAAUGCAGGCCUGACCGUUGCAGAAUGUGACCAGACUUAUGGAGGGUUCUUUGAUAUACUGAGGGGUGGAACAGAGCGAUUUUUCACUAAUAUUAAGGAUACAUCUUCCAAAGUUAUCCAGUCUGUGGCCAAUUAUGCAAAAGGAGACUUGGAUAUAUCAUACAUCACUUCCAGAAUUGCUGUGAUGUCCUUUCCAGCUGAGGGUGUAGAAUCUGCCAUCAAAAAUAACAUAGAAGAUGUGCGGUUAUGUCUGGACUCUAAACAUCCUGGUCACUAUGCUGUGUACAAUCUCUCUCCAAGAACAUACAGGCCUUCAAGGUUUCAUAAUAGGGUUUCUGAAUGUGGCUGGCCAGCAAGACGAGCACCAAAUCUUCAGAAUCUUUAUAGCAUAUGCAAGAACAUGCAUUUAUGGCUGAAACAAGACCAGAAAAACGUUUGCAUUGUGCACUGCCUUGAUGGAAGAGCAGCAUCUGCUGUUGUAGUUUGUUCUUUUUUGUGUUUCUGUCGUCUCUUCAGUACUGCUGAAGCUGCAGUUUAUAUGUUCAGUAUGAAGCGCUGUCCUCCUGGCAUUUGGCCCUCUCAUAAAAGAUACAUUGAAUACAUGUGUGACAUGAUGGCUGAAGAACCCAUUAUUCCUCACAGCAAGCCCAUCCUUGUCAGAUCAAUCAUCAUGACUCCAGUUCCUCUUUUCAGUAAGCAGCGUAAUGGCUGCAGGCCUUUUUGUGAAGUUUAUUUGGGAGAUGAGAGAGUAACCACUACCUCUCAGGAAUAUGACAAAAUGAAGGAGUUUAAAAUUGAAGAUGGGAAAGCAGUAAUUCCACUAGGUAUAACAGUCCAGGGGGAUGUUCUCAUUGUGAUCUAUCAUGCCAGGUCAACACUAGGAGGCCGACUGCAAGCAAAGAUGGCUUCAAUGAAGAUGUUUCAGAUUCAGUUCCACACAGGCUUUGUGCCCCGAAAUGCUACCACAGUGAAAUUUGCCAAGUAUGAUCUGGAUGCCUGUGACAUACAAGAAAAAUAUCCUGAUUUAUUUCAAGUCAAUCUGGAGGUAGAAGUGGAGCCCAGAGAUAGACCUAGCUGUGAGCAGCCACCAUGGGAUAACAUGAAUAUAAAGGGACUGAAUCCAAAGAUCCUUUUCUCCACCCGAGAGGAACAACAGGAGAUUUUAUCAAAAUUUGGAAAACCAGAGUUGCCUAGACAACCAGGUUCAACUGCACAAUAUGAAGCAGAAGCAUCCCGGCUGGAGCAGUCUUCAGAGAGUGUACCAACUGAUACAGAAUCCCCACACAGCAGUAGUACUGAUGCAAAUAACUUCUUUCAUUCUCUGGACUGGAAAGAAGGAAAAAGUCCGGAGAGUGGAAUAGAGGACAGUUCAUCUAAAAAUGAUCGUGUUCAACUAUCUGAUGACAGGGAGGACAGUGAUCCUUCAGAUGAGGAAUUACCUGCAUUUCCAGAUGAAGGAAGUGCAGUGAUUGUUGAUGAAAAAGGGUCAGUUGUUUCAGAGGGAGAGUUGCUUUUUGAAGCUCCAUCUGCACCGUUACAAAAAUCUCUUCCUGAAGAGAAUGUAGACUUACUGGGACUGGAGUCUGAUAUUUCACUGGAACAGAAACAACCUGUCUCAGAAAUAAACUCUUCAUCAAGUAAUGCAGACUUGUUGAACAAUCUGUUUGUGGGUGAUGCAUCACAGACUUCAGAGGAGCCCACUGGAGAUCUUCUUGGACAAGGAACAGAUUUCUUUUUCAGCAGUCAUAGUCCUGCUGCUACUCAGGGUAUGUCUUCAGCAGCAGCCACAUCUUCAGCUGAUCCUUUUGACCCAUUCACAAUGUCAUCAAGUUCAGAGAAUCAAGCUCUGUCUGGUGCAGACCUCUUUGGGAACUUUCUUAAUCCAGGCUCAGCAUCUACAGAAAGCACAGGUCCUUCCACACACCGUUCACUUCCGCCUUCUUCCAGCUCAGAUUUCUUAAAUUUAG